UAUAUUUUCAUUUUCAUUUACUUCAGUUUUGAAGUAAAUAUAAGUCCACAUAUUUUGCUCGACCAGAAACCUGGUAAUACUUUGGAUUUAUUUAGACUAUAAUUUUUUGUUUUUUUACCUAUGACCAGUUGUGUACUACUAACGUAUUUAGUUUGGUACUACUAUUAAUAUUACUGUACUAUUACUGUAUUAGAUUACGUUUAUUUUUCUUUUGGCGUCCACCACUUUUUGUCAAAUGUUUCAUAUUAUAUAGACAAGUGGAAAUAUUUGCUCUUCUCUCGCGCGUCUUUAGUUUUUAGAAAGCAUGGGUGAUGAUGGCUCAGACAAUCCUUGCUGAUCACUUCAGAGACAUGUUUUGAGCCUCACCAUAUCUCAGCCUUCCUCUUGUCACCUGUGAGGACGCGAGGAAGACUUUGCCACUUAAGACCCUUCAGGUGACUGUUUCAGCCAUUGCAUGACUGCACAACCCUGACGCAUCUGCAAAGCACAAGACUGCGGCAAUGGAAAGUAUGUCCAAUGAAAGUGACUUUUGGCAAUUCAACGAAUCCUGGCGGAACUCCAGUCACGUUAACGCGACCGGUUGGUUGAAUCAGACGAACCCUCUGAAGCGGAAUGAAGAGGUGGCGAAGGUGGAGGUGACUGUGCUCGCCCUGGUGCUGGUUCUGGCCCUGGCGGGGAACCUGUGCGUCCUGCUGGCCAUCCACACCACCAAGCACAGCCAGUCCCGUAUGUAUUACUUCAUGAAGCACCUGAGCAUCGCCGAUCUUGUUGUGGCAAUAUUUCAAGUUCUCCCUCAACUUAUCUGGGACAUUACAUUCCGUUUCUACGGACCUGACAUUCUGUGCAGGUUGGUGAAAUACCUACAGGUCGUUGGGAUGUUCGCCUCCACGUACAUGUUAGUUUUGAUGUCCGUAGACAGGUGUCUGGCAAUUUGUCAGCCUCUGCGUUCUUUACACAGGAGAAAAGACUGUUUCUAUGUCAUAUUUUCCUGGGUCUUGAGCCUGCUCUUCAGUAUCCCGCAGAUGUUCAUUUUUUCCCUGAGAGAGGUCGGCUCGGCCGGAUCAGGAGUGUAUGACUGCUGGGGCGACUUCGUGAAGCCCUGGGGAGCCAAAGCUUACAUCACAUGGAUCAGUCUCACCAUAUAUAUCGUUCCAGUGGCAAUACUGAGCAUUUGCUAUGGCCUGAUAAGCUUCAAAAUAUGGCAAAACUUUAAACUGAAAACCAGGCGGGAGCAGUGUAUAAGCCUUACGCCGAAAACCUCCAAAGGCAACACACUGACCCGGGUGAGCAGCGUAAAGCUCAUCUCCAAGGCGAAGAUAACCACAGUGAAAAUGACUUUUGUGAUCGUGGUGGCUUAUAUCGUCUGUUGGACCCCCUUUUUCUCUGUCCAGAUGUGGUCUGCGUGGGAUCCAGCAGCGCCCCGUGAGGCCAUGCCCUUCAUCAUCUCCAUGCUGCUGGCCAGCCUCAACAGUUGCUGUAAUCCCUGGAUCUACAUGUGCUUUGCAGGGCAUCUGUUCCAGGAUCUUAGGCAGAACUUUCUGUGCUGUUCCACUCACUACCUCAAGUCAUCCCAGUGCCGCUGUGAGCGUGACUUUGACUCCAGUCACAAGAGCAACUCCUCAACCUUUGUCAUUAAGAGCACCAGCAGUCAGAGGAGCAUCACACAGACUUCCACCACAUGAGCACCCUUCCCUCUCCCAAGCUGCCCACCCUGCCUUUCACCAUAAGCCGUCGCCCAUUAAAUACCCAGAAGUUCAGUUCGUUCAGAUACCUCUUGUCCUGAGGCUUGUUGUUGAAGCCCAGAAGGGAAAAAACAACAAAAGUCUUAAUUAUUUUAUUUACAGCACUUUACAGUGGAAAGUGGAAAUGGAAUUGUGAAAUACAGAAUAUUAUUAAAAGCACGAUAUUAAACUUACGAGAUAAUCAUGGACAAUGCUGAGCGAUCAGCUGUUUUAUAAGUACAGUGUAUAUUUGCGUAUUUGCAGUGCAGAGAAAGUAAAGGAAAGGAGGGUAUUUCAAUUGUUUUUUAAACAACCUUGGCCAGCCGCUCUAUUGACGGGUUGUUGUCACCAGCAAAGCUUGUGGAUCCUGUUGGUCUAUGUUAUGAUGAAAUUGUUCACCUGCUAAAAAUAUUGUGUACGAUGUGUUCACUUUGUUACAUUUGCAGUGGAUUGCCUACAUGUAAACUGUUACUUGAGAUAUUAUUAUAUGUGAAAUGUUAUGGCUGUCACUGGUAAAGAUUUUCAAAAAGUUUAGAAAAUAAAUAAAGAAUGAAUGCAGCAAAAA